UCUAUUUUUUUCCUCAGCUGCCUUUGACUCGGGAAGUAUUCCCCGUCAUAUACGAAAUAACGGUGCAUGCGUUUUCAACCACAGCAGUAGUAAGCUGAGCCAAACUGUAUGCAGUUAAGUUUUAAGUUUGUUGAUAGCUACAUUUGCUCAUUUGCGUUGUCUACUGAGUGUAGCUUGUGACAAUUAGCUAAUGCUGUUUUAUCAGUAUUUUCGUCAUUCUGAGCAUGGCAGUACAGUUACCUCCUUGCGUGAUUGACUGUGGAACUGGAUACACCAAGAUUGGAUAUGCUGGGAAUACUGAGCCACAAUUUAUUAUGCCAUCCUGUAUAGCUGUGAGAGAAUCAGCUGGGGUAGGAGACCAGGCACAGAGACGUCUGAUGCGUGGGGUGGAUGAUUUAGACUUCUUCAUAGGCGAUGAAGCUAUUGAUAAGCCCAACUAUGCAACCAAGUGGCCAAUCAGGCAUGGCAUCAUCGAGGACUGGGACUUAAUGGAAAAGUUCAUGGAGCAAAUCAUAUUCAAGUACCUACGUGCUGAACCCGAAGACCAUAACUUUCUCAUGACAGAGCCUCCACUGAACACCCCUGAAAACCGAGAAUACCUGGCAGAAAUCAUGUUUGAGACCUUUAAUGUUCCUGGGCUCUAUAUUGCUGUGCAGGCGGUUUUGGCCUUGGCUGCUUCCUGGACCUCCAGGCAAGUUGGAGAACGAACACUGACGGGGAUUGUGAUCGACAGCGGGGACGGAGUCACUCACGCUAUACCUGUGGCUGAGGGCUACGUUAUUGGAAGCUGCAUUAAACACAUCCCCAUCGCAGGCCGGGACAUCACAUACUUCAUACAGCAGCUGUUGAGAGAGAGGGAGGUCGGAAUCCCUCCAGAGCAGUCCCUGGAGACCGCUAAGGCAGUCAAGGAGAGAUAUUGUUAUAUUUGCCCUGAUAUUGUGAAGGAAUUUACAAAGUAUGACACAGAUCCAGGAAAAUGGUUGAAGAAGUACAGGGGUAUUAAUGCUAUCAACAAAAAUGAAUUCCAUAUAGAUGUUGGAUAUGAAAGGUUCCUUGGACCAGAAAUAUUUUUUCACCCAGAGUUUGCCAACCCUGAUUUCAUGCAGCCCAUUUCAGAUGUAGUGGACGAGGUCAUUCAGAACUGUCCGAUAGAUGUCAGGAGGCCACUCUACAAGAACAUCGUCCUGUCAGGGGGGUCCACCAUGUUCCGUGACUUCGGCCGGCGGGUGCAGCGGGAUUUGAAGCGCGUGGUGGACGCGCGGCUGAAGCUGAGCGAAGAGCUGAGCGGCGGUAGGAUAAAGCCCAAGCCGAUGGAGGUCCAGGUCAUCACCCACCACAUGCAGCGCUACGCGGUCUGGUUCGGAGGCUCCAUGCUGGCUUCCACCCCCGAGUUCCUCCAAGUGUGUCACAGUAAGAAAGACUACGAGGAGUACGGCCCGAGCAUCUGCCGCCACAACCCUGUCUUUGGCGUGAUGUCAUAAGGAACGGGCUCUGGCCAUUACUGCGGCAGUGCACGCUCAACAAUAGUCGGAAUGCACCAAUGGAGAGGAGGACCGGUGACCUCAGGUUCCGGGAAGAAAAACACUGGAGGCAUUGUUGGUAAAGCCAUAAACAUGGACGACUGUUUUCUAGACUUGUUGAGGAAGACUUGUUGACUACUAUGGCACUGCAAUCUUUCACUUCGAGUAAUGAAUUGAAACACAAGUUGACUUUUUUUUGUUUGUUAUUCUUUUGUGUCAGUUUGGCUGUGGUUGAAAAAUAAAGCUGAGGGUGGGGAGGAAUUAUAGUAUAAUUUUUAUUGCCUAAAUUCCUUAUUGAAAGUUAUGGACAAAGCACAUUAAGGGCUAUAUUGAAUUACCCUGUUUUUGUGUAAUGUGUUAAGCCCCGGCUGUAGAGCUUGACUGCAUUGUUUUAUGGGGAUUAUUUAUUAAUCAAAUUAAAACAAAAUGUGAGGCACCCAAAGGUAGUCUUAUAGCAUCCCUUUUCACAAAAUAUAGAAUAUUAGGUUUUAUAUAUAUACAGUGCAGUCAAUAAGUAUUUGGACAGUGUUACAAUGUCUGUUCUUCUGGCUCUGUACUCCAGCACGUUGGAUUUGAAAAAAAUCAAUGGAUAUGACGUUGAAGUGCAGACUAUCACCUUAUUUACAUAUUCAUAUCAAUAUUGGGUGAUCUGUGUUUCAUUUUAUUUAUAUUCUGAUUUGUCAGGUCUUUUGGGGUUAUUCUUCAUUAUUGUGAGAAUUGAGUCAUUUCAGUCAUUAACUGUAGACGUCUUCAUUGGCCUACCAACCUCUUUGCAAUUACUGAGCUCACCAGUGCUCUCUUUCUUCUUAAUGAUAUUCCAGAUUGUUUAUUGUGGCAAGCCAUUUGUUUCGCCUAUGUCUCCUACUGAUUUUAUUCUUAUUUCUCAGCCUAAUAACGGCUUCCUUGACAAUCAUUGGCAAAACUUUGGUCUUCAUGCUGACAAACGGCAAUAACAGACUGCAAAGGCAAUCAAAAGCCUAGAAUUGAGACUCUUUCUUAUACUUAUAAGGAAGCAAUUUAAAACACCUGUCAAAUCAGAAACAGCUGAGAAGCCAACUGUCCAACUACUUUUGGUCCCCUAAAAUGGGAGACUGUAUAAAAAUGUAUGCACUUCCGACACAAAUCACCCACUGUUGACUACAUUACAUUUUACAGUUUAUUAGACUAAGCAGGAGACAAUCCUCACCUGGAGCAAUGCAGGGUUAAGAGCCUUGCUCAAGGGCCCAACGGCUAAGAUCCAACGGAUCUUAUUGUGGCUACACCGGGGAUUGCACCACCGACCAUGUGGGUCCCAGUCAUUUACCUUAACCAUUACACUACAGGCCGCCAUGAUUGAUGCUCCGAUCCUCCAGUUAAAGGUGUCUGUCUGCUUUUAAACCUCAUAUUCAUGGAUUCAUUUCAAAUCUGUGGUACCGAGCCAAAAGAACCUCACUGUAAAUACUAUAUAUCAGAAUUAGUUUAUAUUUAUAAGAAGAAAAUUGUUUAACAUAGUAUGGAGUUAUUUUCCGGAUGAUGUGCAGUACCUUAUUGAUUUGAAAUGCAGUGCGUAGUUUCCACUGGGAAAAAAAACAAUCAAGAUGUGUAUAGUUAAAUGAGUUAUAUUUAAUACAUUCUUUUGUCAUCCAUAGUUUUAAGAGAAUGGAUUGAUCUUCAUUUGUUUAAAAAAUAUAUAUAAAAUCUGUUCUUAUUUAUUGCCUGAAGCAUAUAUUUAUAUUUUAUUUAUUGAGCUAUUGUGUACUAUGGUAGAACCCUGAGGGUAAAUUAUUUAAGGAAUUUGUGUUUGGCUGAAGAGAAAAAUCAAUUGCUGUAUUUAGUUAAUAUUAAUAAAGGCACUUUUCACAUUU